AUGGAGUCUGCAGCCACUCUGGCUGAGCUCCAGGCAGAGGCCAACUGCCCCAUCUGCCUGGAUUACCUGAGAGACCCAGUGACCAUUGAAUGUGGGCACACCUUCUGUCACUCCUGCAUCUACCAGCGCUGGGAAGAUCUACUGGGCACCUUUCCCUGUCCUGUCUGCCUCCAUCAUUGCCCUGACAGGAAAUUGAAGAGGAACACCCAAUUAUGUCACAUGAUUGAAAUUGUUAAACAGAUUCCCACCACAGGGAGCGAGAGGAAAUUGCAGGAAGAAAAACCCAGGUGUUGGAAGCAUGAUGAGGUUUUGACAUUUUUUUCUGACAGGACCCAGGAGAUGUUAUGUCCUCAUUGCAAAGACUUCUUAAAGCACCAAGAUCAGUCCCUGAUACCCAUUGAGGAAGCUGCUGCUAGUUAUAGGAGGGACCUCAAAAGAUAUAUUGGGGCGCUGAUGGUAGAGGUUGAAGAUGCUGAAACAGAAUAUGAAAACCAAAUUGCAAAAACUUUUGAAGCGCAGGAAAAGAUGGAAAAGUGGAGGAAAGAAUUGCAGUAUGAAUGUAAAGAAUUAAAGUGUUCCUUACAAGUGGAGCAUAAUGUAUGUAAUGCUGGUCUACUUAUAGAAGAGAAGAAUGUUGAAGAAAAGCUAACUGAAAAUGGAAGGCAAAUUUCAAACUGUAUGUUCAUACUAAAAAAGCUUUUAAGUGAAAUAGCAGAGAAGUAUUUGCAAGCAGAUGUAGAUUUACUCACAGGUAUUGAAAGGAUCCACAACAGAUAUGAAAACCUAGAAAUCCCAGUAGUGUUUUCAUAUGAAUUAAAGAAGAAGAUUUUCAUUCUCCCCGCACAUUAUUUGGGCCUGCAUAAAAUGAUCCGCACGUUUCAGGUAGAUUUGACACUGGAUCCUGAAACAGCCCAUCCAAGUCUCAUUAUCUCAAGAGAUAGAAAAAGUGUGACAUAUAAGACACCAGAUGGUUUUCCUAAUCCCCAGGCACACACUUCUUACCCAGCUGUCCUGAGUUCUGAGGGAUUUGAUGGUGGCAGGCAUUUUUGGCAGGUGGAAGUAAGAGGCACAGGUGAAUGGUCCUUAGGUGUGUGUAAAGAAUCUUUCCCCAGAAAUACUCUCAUAUCACCAUUGCCAAGCAAUGGAUGCUGGCGAUAUCAGCAGCAGGCUGGUAUAUUUGGCCUUUUCCCUAGAGGACAACAUAAGAUUGGCAUUUUCCUGGACUAUGAUUUGGGAGAGGUUUCAUUUUAUAAUUUGAAUAACAGGUCAUACUUGUAUGCAUUUACUGACAUAUUUACAGAGAAACUCAUGCCUUAUUUCUCCAUUUCAUCUUCUUCAAAAACUCUUACAAUUAGUAUCACUAGAGUCUAG